UUCAAUAGUCGAAUGUAUAACUGUGCUUCAGUGUUUUAUGUGUGCUGUUCUUUUCAUUUUGAAGCACGAUACGUUCUAUUUAUUUUUGUCAAUAAAACAAGUAGAUCUAUGGAUCAACGCGUUAUUCAUUUCACAGCUAGGAAGUUUAAUUAGGCAAAUAAGAAUAUCCAGUGGAGGCAAAACAUCUGCCAUUUUGUCUUCUACAUCAACAGGCAUGUUUGUUGUAUUUCAUGGAACGUUGGUAUCGUUGGUGUUAAUUUUCCAGUUAUUUACGGAAACUGCUGGAGCCGACCUGUGGUUUGGCAGCAACCAACAGUUUUUGUGUCGAUGUACCGACAACAAUUGUUUACCUGAUGGAACUUGUGCUGAUGGUGCCAGUUGUUUAAGUGAAUGGUUUGGUCCGUCUUGUCAAUAUCAGAAUCUGGCCACAGUUUACACAGUACAAACGUCACCAUAUAAUGCUUUAUUAAGUGUGACAGAUGACAGCCAAUGUAACGUAAAAUCUGGCAACACAAACUUUGAAGUGACUUGGAACGUUUCGAAUCCCUUCACAUUUCUUUGGUUACGUUUUUACCCAAAAGAAAACAAAACCACUCAAGAGGUUUCAAUCCGAAUUAAUAAUGGAAACGUGGAACCACUGCAAGUUUUUACAAUAAGCAACACGACAAUUGAAAUACGCAGUCCGAAUAUUUCUAUGAUAAGAAGUAUAAAUAUAACAAAUCUUCAAGAUUUAUGUUCUCUGUAUGUUAACGGGGGUCGAAAUAUAGCACUAAAACAAACUGCUACACAAGAUAGCUAUUUUAGUGGAUCACAACCAAGCAACGCUGUAGAUGGUAACAGAAAUCCUGACUGGUAUGGUGGCUCAUGCAUCCACAGUGCUGGAACAUAUGAGUACCACUACUGGACGGUACGGUUUGACAAAGAAUAUUUAGUCAACAGAUAUGUCUUGUACAGCAGAUAUAACGUACUAUCUAACAGCCCAUAUAAUGCUUGCUGCUUGGAUCGUCUUCAACACUUCAACUUGGUAAGCAGGGAUGUCAGUGGUCAAACAGUUCUAACUUACACAGAAAAUGGAACUUUACAACAGUUAACUUAUACUGUAGCAUCUGAUAAACUCAAGGUGUCCAGUGUUACAGUAUCGCAGGCUAAUAACAUUCUCAACUUUUGUGAAUUUGAAGCUUAUGGAGAUUGGAUCUGCCCACCCGGCAAAUUUGGCCUAGAAUGUAACAAAGACUGUCGAUGUAGAAAUGACGUGCCCUGCUUCACAGACACAGGAACUUGUUCUUCAGGAUGUGCUGCAGGUUAUACAGGGAUGGGAUGUCUCACACCAUGUAGUCCAGGAACAUGGGACGUAGACUGUGCUAACACCUGCAGCAUUAACUGUCUAGAUAUGACGUCAUGUGACUCUAUAACAGGGGCCUGCGUUGGGGGAUGUGUGGCUGGGUUUAAAACACCUACAUGUAUCCGAGGUUGUGAUCCUGGAACAUGGGGUAUCAACUGUUCCAUGUCGUGUAGUCCACAUUGUGGGGGAGAUAAAUCUUGUGACCCAGUAAAUGGUACAUGUAUCAAUGGUUGUGAUGAGGGGUAUACAGGAGUACAGUGUGAUCUAGAAUGUGCUCGUGGAUUAUGGGGUAAAAACUGCCAGAACAACUGCAGUAGACACUGUGUACACUCUUCGCUUUGUGAUAUUAAGAACGGUGCAUGUUACGGUGGAUGUGUUGAUGGUUAUGUACAGCCAACAUGUGAACAAGCCUGUGGUUUUGGAACAUGGGGAAUCAACUGUUCCAUGUCGUGUAGUUCACAUUGUGGGGGAGAUAAAUCUUGUGACCCAGUAAAUGGUACAUGCAACAGAGGUUGUGGUGAUGGUUUUGAGGGACUGACAUGUAAUGAAGCAUGUUCACAAGGAAGAUGGGGCAAAAAUUGCCAGUAUUACUGCAGUAGACAUUGUGUAGAUGUCGAGGUUUGCAAUGCUACAAGCGGCGCAUGUGCUGGUGGUUGUGUUGAUGGUUACCUGCUGCCAACAUGUCAACAAGCCAUUGUAGCAAAACAGCAGGAUGACGCGAAUCAGGAUAUAAAUCUAGCUGCAAUAAUAGCACCCAUCGUUGCUGGUGUUAUAGUCAUCGUUAUAGUUAUACUUGGUGUUAUCUUAUGGAGAAGAAGAAAAUCCAAACACCGUCCUGCAGAUGAAAAUCCUUAUGUCAAUGAUGUAACACACCCGGCUACAGCAGCUACACAUGAAGAGUUUUCAGACUCCCAAGUACCACAAUAUCCAGUACCACCACCUAAACAAGCAGUUGACAAAACGAAUCAGACAAAAUCUCAACACAAAUCAAACAACAACAACGAGUAUCAGAACACAGUGCCGCUUGAAGCAGACACGUCUAUACCCUUAGAGAAUCUACACACCUUCCUCCAAACACACAGCAGCACAUUCUUUCAGGAACAGUUCAAGAAUAUUCCAGUGCCUGAAAAUGUGUCUACCUCAGUCGGACAAAGUGAAUUAAAUAAAAACAAAAACAGAUUUAAGAAUAUCUGUGCAUACGACCACUCUAGAGUACAUCUUGAGAUCAACCUGGAUGAGAACGAGGGAGAUUACAUCAACGCUUCAUAUGUUGACGGUUACAAAAGUGAUGAAAAAUUUAUUGCAUCUCAAGGACCAAACAAAGUUAUCCUCAAUGAUUUUAUUCGCAUGUUGUGGGAGCAGAAGACGGAUAAGUUGGUCAUGUUAACAAAUCUCAUGGAGGAUGGAAAGAUGAAAUGUGAGAGGUACUGGCCAGAAGAAGACGACUUACAGUUCGGCAACAUCACAGUAACACUAACAACAACAGAGGUGUUUGCUGACUACACUAUCAGAAAACUUAAACUUCAGCAGAAAGGUCAGCCGCCCCACCCUCUCACACAGUUCCACUUCACGUCCUGGCCAGACCAGGGCGUGCCCUUGACCCCAUGGGCACUUGUGGACUUUGAACAGAUCGUCUCAGCUGAGAAAACCACCAAACCCAUCGUUGUCCACUGCAGUGCUGGAGUGGGACGUACUGGAACCUUCAUAGCUCUACGUCACGCGAUGAGAGAAGCUGAGGACACUGGACGAAUGGAUUUCUUUAAAACUUUAAUCAAACUCAGACAGGCCAGAGUCUUGAUGAUACAGACUGCUGAACAGUACGAAUUCCUACACAGGGCAGCAAACGUAGCCAUGCUCUGUAUCGGAACAACUGUGACGUCUCGCGACAUUACAGAGAGAAUCAAGUUUUUAAAAACCAACGUUCUCUCUGGUAGGACCUUGAUGGAGAAAGAAUUUCAGACUGUAUGCAGACUCUGUGAACACUUGGUCACAACAAAAGAUGAAACUACAGACAAAAAUGGAGUGUAUCAAAAUGCAGAAAUCUUGGAGAGUAAAAAUAGAAACACCUCCAUCUUACCAAACAACACAUACAGAGCUCGCAUAUCCCGAGGGUCUACAGAUAUGGAUGACUACAUUAAUGCAGUACUAGUGCCGAGUUUCCGCAAGAAAAACCAUCAAAUACUGACCCAGUUACCCCUCCCCUCUACAGUUGUUGACUUUUAUCGUCUGGUCGUUCAGUACAAGGUGGCUGUCGUGUUGGCACUACACGGAGAGUCUUCAGCGCACACGGAUGUAGGUCACUAUCUACCAGACAACCCCACAGAGCCCCUACAUUGCUCUCCAUUUGAAGUUACGGUAGGGCCCGCUACUGCUGAUAAUGUUUGUCAACAACAAACGGUAACAGUGCAAGCAAUGGACAGACAAUCCAACAGUGAACUUGACAGGGCGCACACUUUCACUCACUUAAAGACGACACUAGCAGCUUUCGAUGUUAAGAAACUGCUCAAGAUCACCAAGAAAGUUCAGUCCCAUUCAGCUAACUCAGAUGGUCGUGUCCUGUAUAUGUGCAGCGACGGCGCCCACCUGAGCGGUCUUCUCUGUGUACUCACGCUCUUGCUGGACAGGAUGGACCACGACAGGUGUUUGACCGUCCCUCUGGUUGUAGGCAGUGUCAAGGUCAUUCGGCCACAGGUCAUUUCAUCGCUGACCCAGUAUCAGCUAUUGUAUGAGGUUUUAGAGAGGUACAACGACACCACAUCCACCUACAGCAACUUUGGCGUGGCCAGCCAGUUGAGUGUCCGUGCUGAUGACGUCACUAUUUAUGAGAACAACACAAGUAUAUAAAUAUAUUCAUGCUGGGGUGUUGGCGUGAAUACUGUAUUGACAAAAGUGAUGUUAUGAUAGUCGCAAUAAUAUAAAUACUGCCUUCACAAAAGUGCUGUUAUGGUAUGGAUGCUGUACUUACAUGAGUAUUGUCGUGACAAGGAUGCUGUCCGGAUAUAAUUCAUUUCUAGCGAUUAACAGACUCAUAGUUUACACUAGAACAGAUAUAACUAUAAAAAGGUUAAAACCUAACACCCUACUCCAUUCAAGUCAAUAAUGACAAAAAAGAUACAAACUAUAAAACAAUAAAAAUUGAUCAACGUUUUAGCCUGAUCUGAUCUAUAUUUGUUUGGCUUCCUACACGGAAAUUGUAUUUACUUGUAUUUACUUUCUAUUCUUAAAUCUGGCUUUGUUUGCUUGUUUGGAUGACUUGUCUCAGCUGUUGUACAUUUAUCUUGUUUUUAUCUUGUGAUAGAAUGUAAAAUUUAAAUUAUGUAAAUAUCAUCUAAAGAAGAAUGCCAUAUAUGACAAUUGUGAUAUUUGUUAAUGUCUUUUUACGGUGAAAACAUUUAAAAUUUUAUAUUUUAGUCGAGCUGCUAUUUAUUUUGUGGAUAUAUUAAAAACACAU